AUGAUUUUCAAAUUCUUUGUAUUUUCUUUCUUUAUUACCAUUGCUUCGGCGAUUGAUCGAGACUUGUUCCCAGGAGGUCGCGAAAAAUUCGGACGUGAUUUCGAUGAGUUGAAAAGAGCUGGAACUCCCACUGAUAACUUGUGUUGGGGAUAUUUUGAUGGACAUGAUGGAUACAGUUUCUAUCGUUCACCAAAUGGUGAUAAUGCCACAGCUGCUGCUUUGAAAAAAGCAUACGGUAAAUCGAGUAUGUGAAUAUCGAAUGUGAAAAACAUUUCAGAAAUAAUAUAUCAUCCAAACUGGGCUGCAAGUGAGAUUCAAGACAAACUUAAAGCUUGGAAAAAGAGUCAGUCGCCAGAAGUUGUGGUAAGACUGAGCUAAUCGAGGAAAAAAACAAUUAGAAUUUUUCAGGCUCAGCUUAAAAAACAGAAAAAUCAACUUCUUGCUGAUCAUAAGGACUUGCUUGCAAAAAUCUACGAUAUUAUUCAUGCUCUACCAAAUGCAUUCGAGAAAAUUGUAGGCGCACUGAACAGAAAACCUCUAACUCCUCGAGCUUCGCUCCAUGAAGCAUAUGCUUAUCUACAAAAGUUGGACAAAAAUGUUGCUCGUAGCUUGUUACACAUUUUUGAUGUUACCGGAUGCCCACUUCCAGCUGAUAAAAAACCAUAA